AUUACAUCACAAGUAAAGCCGCAGUCCUGCUCGGCAGCGGUAUUCCGGAGGCGCGUCUUACUACUUGGAAGAUCUGACAUUGAAGAGAAGGUUCCAGGCGUGCUAAGAUGGCCACGGCAGCGACCCUGGACCCGGAUUUCGUGCGAGAGGUGCUGGAGUGUCCCAUCUGCCUGGAGACGUACAAUCAGGAGCAGCUGCGGCCGAAGCUGCUGCAAUGUGGCCACACGGUGUGCCGGCAGUGCCUGGAGAAGCUGCUGGCCAGUACCAUCAAUGGCGUGCGCUGCCCCUUCUGCAGCAAGGUGUCCCGCAUGAGCAGCAUCUCACAGCUGGCCGACAACCUAACUGUGCUGAAGAUCAUCGACUGUGCCGGCUCUGGUGUGGCAGCGGCCGCAAACCUCAUGUGCAAGUCCUGCCGGGGCCGCCUGCCCAGGCGGUACUGCUGCGAUUGCGGCCUGGUGCUGUGCGAGGCCUGUGCCGGUGACAGCCACCGCAACCAGGGCCAUGACGUGCAGACCAUCAGGCUUGCCGCUGAGCAACGGCGCCGCGAUCUGGGCGGCAAGCUGGCUGCGCUGCGCGACGCCAUGGGGGACAUUCAGCGAAAGAAGGCAGCCAUCGACAGUGUGUCCAAGUCACUGCGGCUGAAGUACAAGGCCGUCCAGCAGGAAUAUGCCCGGGCGGAGCUGCGGCUGCAGGAGGAGUUGGGCCGCUCACGCCGGGCCUUCUCUGCCUCCAUGGCAGAGGUAGAGAAGCUCAACGCGCAGAUCCUGGAGGAGCAGACCUACCUGCUCAACAUUGCAGAGGUGCAGGUGGUCUCUCGCUGCGACUACCUUACCAUGCGCAUCAAGCAGGCGGACAUCGCCCUACUGGAGGACGCUAGUAGCAACGACGAGGAGGAGCUGGAGCUCAAGGGCCAGCUGCCCACCAUCCUCAAGCUCCAGGACCCGGAACUCAUCAAGGCCGAGUACCCCAAGGCACUCGAAGUGGGACAGCUGACCACCAAAGGGUGCACGGUUAACACGGACGAGGAGGAUGGGCAGGAGCUGGCGGCUGCUGCCUCCGCCGCUGUCCCUGUGGACCUGUACCGUGACAUCGACAUGAUCGCCGCCGUGGAGGACAGCGUGUGCUCCUCACCCGGCAGCUUCAAGUCCAAGUCUGUGGACGGAGGUGGGGCCUCGGCAAAGACAACAGUCUCCGGUUCCAGUUCUGGGCCGCAGCUUUGCCAGUUUGUGAAGAAGAUGGGCUGUAAGGGAAACCUGCCGGGCAUGUUCAACCUGCCUGUGAGCAUCUGCGUCACGCCGCAGGGCGAGGUACUUGUAGCUGACCGUGGCAACUACCGCAUCCAGAUCUUCAACCGCAAGGGCUUCCAGAGGGAGAUUCGUCGCAACCCUAGCAGCAUCGACAACUUCGUGUUGAGCUUCCUGGGUGCCGAUCUGCCCAACCUGAUCCCGCUCUCCAUUGCCAUCACGCCGCAGGGCCUCAUUGGGGUCACGGACAACUAUGACAACUCUGUCAAGGUGUACACCGCAGACGGCCACUGCGUUGCCUGCCACAAGAACCAGCUCAUCAAGCCUUGGGGCAUUGCUGCCAUGCCCUCUGGACAGUUUGUUGUCUCUGACGUGGAGGGGGGCAAGCUUUGGUGCUUGGCAGUAGACCGAAACAUGGGCGUAGUGAACUACAACCGCCUGUGCUCCGCGGUGCGGCCCAAGUUCGUGACCUGCGAUCCGUCCGGCACGGUGUACUUCACCCAGGGUUUGGGGCUCAAUAUCGAGAACCGGCAGAACGAGCACCAUCUGGAGGGGGGUUUCUCCAUCGGCUCGGUGGGCACCGACGGCCAGCUGGGCAAGCAGCUCAGCCACUUUUUCUCCGAGACUGAAGACUUCCGCUGCAUCACCGGCAUGUGCGUGGACGCCAACGGCGACCUGCUGGUGACCGACAGUGGCCGCAAGGAGAUACUGCAGUUUCCCAAGGAGGGAGGUUUCAAUAUCCUCAUCCAGGAGGGCCUGACCUGCCCCGUGGGUGUGGCCGUCACCCAGAAGGGGCAGCUGCUGGUUCUGGACUGCUGGGACCACUGUGUGAAGGUGUACACCUACCUGCAGAGGCGGCGCUCAUCUACAUGCUAGAGGGUCUGCUUCCAUCUGUAUCUCCCUGGUCCGGCUUGAUCUCCCAUUCCAAGACUGAAUUCGAAGCCCCCAGACCACCGCCCCCCCCACCCCACCUCUAAGUGUGUAAAUUGCUUACUUGCUGUUCUGGUGUCAAUGGGCAUCUGAAACACGGCUACUGGAAGCAUUAAAAAGCGGGCCUGUCUGCCGAGUGGCUCUCCUCAUGGAUGGUUCUGUAUUUUUUCUUUUUUAAAUCACUGCGAUGCCGAGAGCAAUAACUUGAGUGUGGAUUUAUUAGGAGAAACACGGUAUUGACUGUCCACCUGUGUCUCACACUACUGUUUUAUAACUUCUACACAUUACAAAUGUGACUUAAGUGGAAAAAAAUAAUGAGAAUAAUAAAUUUAAUUAAGAAGACAAAUCAAAUUUGAUAUGGGAUUUUCAGGAAAUGCUCCUGUGUCUGGAACCAAAUAUAUUUCACAUUUUGAGGAUGCUGCUUUUAAAUAUGCUGUCACCCCUUUCCACUGUGUUAUGCAUUGUGUGUGUGUGUGUGUGUGUGUGUGUGUGUUUUUCCCUCCACAUGCCGUCCAGCAUCCCCUUUACAAGAAUAUUUCCCAUCUUUCCUGGAAAAUCCAGGUGCAUUGGUGCAAUUUCUUAAAUGAAAUCUUCAUUUUCCUGUCGGUCAUUAGAGCCGUUUUUUUCUUUUCUUUUUUUUUUUAAAAAGAUAUAUUGUAGUACCAGUUGGAAAAGAUGACAUGCAAUUCAGAUAAUUACAUCCAUGUGCGUUAUACAUGCACACAUUAUAUAAAAAUACUACACUGCAUUAACAAGUGUUUGUCCGUAAUCAUGCAGUGCGUUGCUGUUUCUGUGGUUUUAUUUCAUGCAAAUUAAUGUUCCCACUUCAACUUUAAUUUUUUUCAUUGCUAGAACACAACUUACGCUUAAUCACCAAAAGAUGUAAGCUUCUGGGCUUAGAUCACCAGCAUGCUAAGUGUGUCACUGCAGUAUUUUUCAGACCCUUUCCAAUCAGCAUAAACAUCCUUGUCACGUUUGAAGACGACGCAGCUGUUUUUCCCAGUGUCUGCACAGUGGAUCGCUGUUUAUGUAGAAAUAGCGUGGGGAUAAGAGUGCCCAAGGAAAAAAAAAAACUAAGGAAAAUUCUUUGUUUAAAAAACUGUUUUUAUUGUUAUUUUUGAUAUGAGUUCAGCAGUAUUUUCAUGAGCUGUGAGACCUUUUAUUUUACUUUGUUUUGGUUAUUGUCCAUCCCCCAAGAAAAUGGAAGAGGCUGUGGACUGUUGAUGCUAAAAUAAGUGUUGUACGUAUCGAGUCUCCGUUAGAAAUUUGAAAUAUUUAUUAUCUGUUAAUUGUAAUAAACUUCACAUUAAAGGGUU